GCGAAAUCGACGUGGCACUUCCACUGCGCCUGCGCGGACCUAUCGUCUCCGUUUUGCAGUGAAACUUGGCGAGAUGUGGCCGUCCGGUGCGAAAAUCCUCCUGUUCCUAGUCCUGUACCUCUCCGGAACCUCUGCUCUGUACUUCCACAUCGGGGAGACGGAGAAGAAAUGUUUUAUAGAAGAAAUUCCGGACGAGACCAUGGUAGUAGGGAAGUACAAAACACAACUGUUUGACAAGACGAUCAACGACUAUCUACCGUCCAGCCCCGGGGUGGGGAUGCACGUGGAGGUCCGUGACCCAGACGACAAGGUCCUCCUGUCCAAGGCGUACAGCUCUGAGGGGCGUUUCACCUUCACGUCACACACCCCAGGAGAACACGUCAUCUGUCUGUUCAGCAACUCCACUAAGUGGGGGCUGUUUGCUGGAGGAAAACUGCGGGUACAUCUGGACAUCCAGGUGGGCGAACACGCCAUCGACUACUCCCAGAUCGCUGCCAAGGACAAGCUGACGGAGCUGCAGCUGCGAGUGAGACAGCUGCUGGACCAGGUGGAGCAGAUCCAGAAGGAACAGAACUAUCAAAGGUAUCGUGAGGAGCGUUUCCGCCAGACUAGCGAGAGCACAAACCAGCGGGUGCUGUGGUGGUCCAUCGCACAGACCAUCAUCCUCCUGGUCACCGGCUUCUGGCAGAUGAGGCAUCUCAAGAGUUUCUUUGAAGCAAAGAAGCUUGUAUAACACAGAUUUUCUCCAAACUAGCUCCUAUUGUCCACUUAAAACAUGCAAAGAUUGGCCAUUUUGGUCACAUGUACUCAGUCACACUUGAU